GUCCCCCACGUUCCCGCCCGUGCACAGCGCAGCGCUUGGGUCACAAAGCGCGCGGGGCUUGGGGGGGCGCGCGGGGCGGGGUCCCCAGCCCGGGGCCGAGUGAGUGACGCCCGCGGUCACUUCACAAGGCAGAAAUUGUUACCCGGGCGAUAAAAGGCAUCGCGGCGGGCGGCGCUCGGGAGUGGGCACAUGGGGGUGCGGGGGCGCGGGUGCCAACCGCCAUGGGUUAGGCCCGAAAUCGGAGUCCGGCCGCCCCCCGACAGCAGCCGCCUCCUACUCUCCGUGCGCCUUGGGCGCCACCAUGUCGGGCGACAAACUCCUGAGCGAACUCGGCUAUAAGCUGGGUCGCACGAUAGGCGAGGGCAGCUACUCCAAGGUCAAGGUGGCCACGUCCAAGAAGUACAAGGGCACGGUGGCCAUCAAGGUGGUGGACCGGCGGCGAGCGCCCCCGGACUUCGUCAACAAGUUUCUGCCACGAGAGCUGUCCAUCCUGCGGGGCGUGCGGCACCCGCACAUCGUGCACGUCUUCGAGUUCAUCGAGGUGUGCAACGGCAAGCUGUACAUCGUGAUGGAGGCGGCCGCCACCGACCUGCUGCAGGCCGUGCAGCGCAAUGGGCGCAUCCCUGGCUCGCAGGCGCGCGACCUGUUUGCGCAGAUCGCGGGCGCCGUACGGUACCUGCACGACCACCACCUGGUGCACCGCGACCUCAAGUGUGAGAACGUGCUGCUGAGCCCCGAUGAGCGCCGCGUCAAGCUCACCGACUUCGGCUUCGGGAGGCAGGCGCACGGCUACCCGGACCUGAGCACCACCUACUGCGGCUCAGCGGCCUACGCGUCCCCCGAGGUGCUGCUGGGCAUCCCUUACGACCCCAAGAAGUACGACGUGUGGAGCCUGGGCGUGGUGCUCUACGUCAUGGUCACCGGGUGCAUGCCCUUCGACGACUCGGACAUCGCCGGGCUGCCCCGGCGCCAGAAGCGCGGCGUGCUGUACCCCGAGGGCCUCGAGCUGUCGGAGCGCUGCAAGUCCCUGAUUGCCGAGCUGCUGCAGUUCAGCCCGUCCGCCAGGCCCUCGGCCGGCCAGGUCGCGCGCAACGGCUGGCUGCGCGCGGGGGACUCCGGCUAAGGGCCGGGGCUCCCGCGGCUGCCGCGGUUCCCGCCCCGCGCCCGGCACUGAGCCAGCGCGGCGCACGCGCGAAAGGCAGGCGCGCUUCCCCCGGGCCCGCGAAGCCGCGGUCGCCUUCGCCGCCGCCGCGCUGCCGCCGCCGCGCACCACUGCGCACGCGCGCCCCUUUCCUCUCCCUCCUCUCCUCACCUCCCUUGCGGGGGCCCGCGUGGCCCCCGGGUGGAAGCGACCUAGCGUGUUCUCUCAGAGUCCGAGAGCCGGAGGGCGCAUGCGCAUCCUUGAAUCCCCGCGGGAAGGCCCCGGGAAGGGCGGGAGGAGAGGACAAGGACGCAUUGCGCCUGCGUGGAACGAGCGCCGCCGCCGGCUGCGCGGGAGCCGGAGCGGAUUUGUCGCCCGCCAGCGGGCGCGGGCGGAGGGCGUCGCUCCCCGGCCAGCCGCGGGCGCCAGGUUCCCCGCCGGAACCUGCAAUAAACUCGCUCUUCCUCGCACCUGGCUGCAGCGGUGGCCGCUUUCACGGAGCUGGGGGAAGGGGGUCGCUCGCCCUGGGGGAGGACAAGGCACGCUGGCGACCGGGCUUCAGGCCUCCACAGGGAAGUGGGAGUAUUCGAACCCGAGAUCACGGGGCCUAGUCGCCCUUGGGGUCGCAGCGGAGCUACCGACGCAGGGGCGGGGCGGCCCAGGGGCGGGGGAGGACUAGACCCCAGGCCCUCCCAUCCCCUGCUGCCUGAGCCGAGCCCCGUGCAUUUGGAGAAACUGAGUCCCCGCCAGCGUCCUUUGGCUGGAACCUAGGACCCAGGCGUGGUGGGGGCCGCGGCGGACAGGAGCCCGCCCCUCGGUUCCUCAAGUGUGCACCGAGCGCACCUGCUGCGUCCGGGACCCGCCCGGGAGCGAACCCGCGGAGGAGAAUAAAAGCGUGGCGUGGACGCACGUGCUUCCUGUCCUGGCUCAGAUGUCAGGUGGGCACCACCAUGCCCAGUAUUCAGAAGGGGUCUCAUAUGUAUGCCUGGGCUGACAAGGAACUGUGAUCCUCUUGAUCUCUCUCACCCCCACCCCCCAAGGUAGCUUACCUUACAGGGCUAGGCACCAGUGUCAAAGUAACAAUCUUGUUCCUAAAUUGAGACCUGGGAGGUGAG